UGCAACUUCUCAAAGAAGUAGACCCAACUUGGAAAGGACCGCGUAACUUCACUAACGAGUAACCUUAUAAAUACAUAGUCAAGCCAAGACCAAAUGAAAAUCAUUCCUACAUCAACAAUUUGCAACUUCAUCUCAAGUGUCAUCUCCAAUAUCCACUCUCUGUGUUUUCUUCCCCCUGCACAUCGAAAAUCGUUUCUCUACCAGACACUCCAGAAAUGGCAACAAAGAAGUUCAGAACUAAAAGCCACAAGCAUGAACUUCAGCUCAAAAGCUACACAAAACCAUACAUUUGCGAUGGCUGCAAGGAGCGAGGCUUUGGUUCUAGAUACCGCUGUGAAAAAUGUGAUUACGAUCUCCAUCAAUACUGUAUGGAAACUACCCCAUCAACUUCCCACGACUUCUUCCCCAAUUCCACCUUCAAUUUAUACACAACCCCACCAAAAGCUUGCCACAAACACUGCAAACGCCGAUGUGAUGCUUGUCGAAAGCCGAUCAACGGCUUCGUGUACCAUUGCAAGAAGGAUGAUUUAGAUCUUCACCCAUGUUGUAGAAAUCUGAAGAGAGAAUACACAAUCAAAGGAGAAGGAGAAGGAGAAGAAGAAUUGAAGUUCAUUCUUCACAAGAAUAUGAAACAAAAAUGCUUGUGGUGCAAUAAGAAGAGCAUCAAAGAAGGUGGCCGUAGUAAUGGAUGGUCUUAUAUCUCGAAGUGUAACAGGUACCAUGUUCAUGUCACUUGUGUCACUGAAAUGUUUUUGGAAGUAUGGAACAACAAAAAUGAGACUAUCAACAAGAUCAAUUGCAAUGUUAAGGAAGACAACCUCAAAGCUCUGGCUCUUCACAAGGUGGAUCUUAAAGAAAUUCAAGCGAAGAAGAACGGGCAUGGAAAAAGUGGGAAAAAGUAUUGGAAAAUCCUCAAGGUCAUUCUGACCAUUGUUAGUAUUGUUCUUGGAGAACCUACCAUGAUUGUUGCCUCUUCGCUCCUCGAAGCCUUGCAUGCUGUACUGUCAAAUAUAAUUUAAAUCUUUCCUUUUGUUUUGAACUCUUAUGUAUAAAUUCAUUUUAAAGUUAUAUGAGUACCAUUCUGCCGCCGUAGCUACUCAGAUCCACCACCGCUCGUCCAGAUCCUCAAUCUCCUUUCUGUUCGUCGGUCUCUGCUUUGUUUGUGUAAGCAUCGUCCAUAUCCGCUGCCAAACAGAACGCCAGUACUUAAGACACCGUCGACCAGACAUACGCCUCCCCGUUCUUCAGACACCACAGCCCAAACCCUUCUUGCAAAGUGAUCAGAUCCGCCGCCCAACUCAAUCCGCUCGUUCUUCAUCUCCAUUUGUGGUUUUUUAUUUUAGAAAUGCUGGUCUUCAUUUGAAAAUUCAAAGGUUUCGAGCCGGUUCGGUUCAGCCUCUUUGGUCAGGUUUAUUCAGUUUGGUUCGGUUUUCAGUUGGUUUGAUUUUUUUGUUUUUUUCUUUUGCCAUUUAUUUGUGUGUAAUGUCAAGAAAUAUGGUUUGUGUUAACAUGUAUUGUCUAAACUAUCCAACUUUACUACCUUGCCCUUUGGAUAGUUGAUCCACCAAACAUGUAUUAGUGAUAAUAAUACCAAUAAGUUUUGUCCAGUACAAGUAUGUAUUGGGAUUUUUGUCUUCACCUUGUAGUACCUAAAUUUGUAAACAAAUUAUUAAAUAAAUAAAGUGUUACUUUUUUUAUAUA